AUGCCGCGAUGUUACAUGGUUAAAAAAGCAUUAUGCAACAAAUAUAUGAGUGUUACGAGGGGGUUCGAAAAUUGGAGUAAAACUAAGGAUUCUUCUUCACUUCAAGCAACUGUAAUUACAGAUUCUUCUAAGGUUUCUAUCGCAUCUAUCAAUUCCCUAGAUCGGAAGGAGUUUCCUCUGAGAGAUGGAGUGAUAGAGAAGAAUAUAUGCUCUGUAUCAACUUCUACUUUAAGUUCAUACUCAUCUUUACAAUCAGAAAGAAAUUCACCAAUUCUUGACCGUGAGCUAGUGAAACAUACAGAACCGAAAGUAAUAUCUACAGUACCAUCUACGAUAGUGAAUGGAGACAGUCGAAGUCGAAGCCCCGCAAUUCUGGCUUCAAAAAUCCAGGAUGCUGAGGAAACUCCCGUUUUUCGAGACAGGUCAGCAGCAGAAACGGAAGCAGCACAUGAUCUUUUAGAGUUAUCAAGGUCUCUACCUCCUUUACCGCCACCAAGUAUUGCAGUUGGUCCUCAUAAUGUUGUAGAAUCUCCUGUUACUGAAAAUGUUCAAGAAAUAAGUAUCUAUCAACCUAUAGAGCCUCCUAUUUAUCAAGUCAAUACAAUAGAUUUAACUGGAAAUACUGCAACGGUGUAUCAACAGCAACCAACAGGGAUAAUAUAUGAACCAACUAUCGUGCAACAAGCCUCUGGUGGUGUCUUUAUACCUCUGUCCCCAGUUCAAGAAAUUCUCUUUACUUAUACUACUCCGACGAUACCUUCUAUUCUUGCUACUCAAGUAUCUACGUUAGAAGCUCCUCCCUUAACACCACCGAUAUCUGAAUGCAGCAGUGACAUUGAAAAUAAUAAUCCAAACUUACAACCUAAUCAAAGGGACAAAGAAGUACAAACUGUUAUUGAACAGACAGAAGUUAAAACUGCUUCCUAUACUUAUGAUACACUUCUCGUUGCGGAUGGACGAUCAAAAAAUAAGAAGCAAAUAAGUAAUAUUAUUAAUCAAAACAAUGCAAUCACAGAAAUUACUGUUGAACCGCUGGAAGUACCAAGAGCUGGUCGAUACAUUUGUUGCGAAUGUGGCAAACAAUAUGCUACAUCAUCAAAUCUUUCUCGACAUAAGCAAACUCAUAGAAGUAUUGAUUCUCAAUCUGCAAAAAAAUGUAUUCAUUGUGGCAAGGCUUAUGUCAGUAUGCCUGCUUUAGCGAUGCACUAUAAAUCUUAA